GACCGGACGACGCACGCGCGCCACCGCAGUGACGCCCUGACGCGAACCGCGAUAACAGCAGUGAUCAGUGACAAGUCAGUGAGCAGAGUCAGUGAGACGUCACUGACAAGUCAGUGGCGAAGCCAGUUACGCGAGAGUGACGUGUCAGUGACAAGUCAGUGGCCUAGUCGGACGAACGUUAGUGGCAGCAGUGCCAAUGGAGAGGAUAACCGAUUGGAUUACCUUAGCACGAUGAGCGCCGCUGGUGCCGCCACCGCGUCCCUGUGAUCCCUGACCGAGAGCCGGCAGCGCCAUGGUGGCGGUGACGGGGGUGGUGACGGUGGUGGGCGCCGCCAUCAAGGCCGCCACGGGGCUGGUGGGCGUGGGCAAGACCCUCUGGUUCCUGCCCACCUUCCUGGCGGCGCUGGCCUACUACAACUACGACCUGUUCGACCCGGAGCAGCGGCCCAUCAACCAGCGCGUGCUGCGCGAGGAGUACGACUUCAUCAUCGUGGGGGGCGGCUCCGCAGGCGCGGUCCUCGCCAACCGGCUGAGCGAGGUGCCGCACUGGAACAUACUGCUGCUGGAGGCGGGCGGCCACGAGACCGAGAUCUCCGACGUGCCCGUCCUGUCCCUGUACCUGCACAAGAGCAAGCUCGACUGGAAGUACCGACCGCAGGCCCAAGACACGGCGUGCCAGGCCAUGAUAGACAAGCGGUGCUGCUGGACCAAGGGCAAGGUCAUCGGCGGCUCCUCUGUGCUCAACACGAUGCUGUACAUCCGCGGCAACCGACGCGACUACGACCAGUGGGCCAGCAUGGGCAACUACGGCUGGUCCUUCGACGAGGUGCUGCCCUACUUCAAGAAGAGCGAGGACCAGCGCAACCCGUACCUGGCCAAGUCGCCGUACCACGGCGUCGGCGGCUACCUCACCGUGCAGGACAACCCGUACAACACGCCGCUCGGCGUCGCCUUCGUGCAGGCCGGCGAGGAGCUGGGGUACGACAUCACGGACGUCAACGGUGCUCAGCAGACGGGCUACGCCUUCUACCAGUACACCAUGCGGCGCGGGCAGCGCUGCUCCACGGCCAAGGCGUUCCUGCGGCCGGUGCGCCUGCGAAAGAACCUGCACAUCGCGCUCUGGGCGCACGCCACCAAGAUCCUCAUCGAGCCCACCACCAAGCGCGCGUACGGCGUCGAGUUCAUCCGGGACGGCGCCAAGAGGGUGGCGCUGGCGCGCAGGGAGGUCAUCUUGUCGGCGGGGGCCGUCGCCUCGCCGCAGCUGCUGCUCCUGUCAGGCAUCGGCGACGCUGAGCACCUCCAGGAGGUCGGCGUGCCCCUGGUGCACCACUUGCCCGGGGUGGGCCAGAACCUGCAGGACCACAUCUCGGCGGCCGGGCUCACGUUCCAGGUCGACUACCCCGUGUCCCUGGUCCAGAACCGACUCGUCAACAUCAACUCGGCACUGAGGUACGCCAUCCUGGGCGACGGACCCCUGACGUCGAGCGUGGGCCUGGAGGCGGUGGGCUUCUUCACCACCAAGUACGGCAACCAGUCCGACGACUGGCCCGACAUGGAGUUCAUGUUGGUGUCCACGUCUGCCACCACCGACGGCGGCACCCAGAUCAAGAAGGCCCACGGGCUGACGGACGCCUUCUACAACGACUACUUCGCGCCGCUCAACGGCAAGGACGUCUUCAGCGUGUGGCCCAUGAUCCUGCGGCCCAAGAGCAGGGGCUACAUCAAGCUGCGCAGCAAUGACCCGCUGCGCUACCCGCUCAUGGUGCACAACUACCUGACGCACCCCGACGACGUGCGCGUCAUGCGCGAGGGCGUCAAGCAGGCCAUCGCCUUCGGGGAGACGGCGGCGCUCAAGCGCUUCGGUUCGCGGUUCUGGCGCAAGCCAGCGCCGGGCUGCAAGCACCUGCAGGUCUACACGGACGAGUACUGGGAGUGCUACAUCCGCCAGUACACGCUCACCAUCUACCACUUGUCCGGCACCUGCAAGAUGGGCCCCGCCUCGGACCCGGCCGCCGUCGUGGACCCCGAGCUCCGCGUGCACGGCAUCAAGGGACUGCGCGUCAUCGACGCCUCCAUCAUGCCCAGGGUCACCUCGGGCAACAUCAACGCGCCCACCAUCAUGAUCGGCGAGAAGGGCUCCGACCUCAUCAAGGCCCUGUGGAGGAACGGCCGGAGGAGACGGAGAAGAAGAGACUUGCGCUCCUUCUCCACGCACGCGUGCGAUAACUGCACCGUGUACGAGAUUUGAGCCUCUUUGUGACUUCCAAACCUCGUCCGCUGGGGGCUUCGGGCUUGGAAUGUCCGGGACCUCCACGCGCCUUUGCGACUGCUGGAGUCUCCAGCGCGUCAAGAAGCUCAAUGAAGCUUGAACGAGGCACGGCACGGCCGUGCCACACACACACACACACUCGCGCGCAGUGUGUGAGUGAAAGCGUGAGUGCAUUAGUGUGCGGGAGAGGUCGCCUUGCCAAAGCACGCUCGCGCGCCACGAUGGCGGGGCCGAGUCUGAUCGGAUCCGGGCUAGUCAGCGAGCCGUCCUGGUGAAGGGCGGGCCCGCGCCUUCCUAGAUAGACACUAGACAAUUCAUCGUUCACCUUCGGUCAGCUGUCUGACUUUUCACAAGAUGGACGUGCCUGCAGCGGCUGCCGCAUCUACCUCGUCAUUUCCGCAGGCCUGCUGGGAGGACGCCCGUCUCUCUUUUCGAUUCUGUCGCGAACGGUUCACGAUAACACGGCCUGAACAGGUCAGUUUUUGAGCUAACGCCAUCAAGAUUCCAUGAGAGUUAGAAAGUAACAAGGUUUUGAGGAAAGCACAUUUCUCAGAAACACAGACACGUCCUAUGGUUACCAACCCUUUGCUCAAAAUGUAAAUGUUAAUCCGAUCCUUGUGUCUGUUAAUUGUAGGUGUACAUAUUACCAUUUAAAAACAUACAUUUAAGUAAGUGUAGUCAUGUGUAAUUAGAUAAAUUGUUAUUUUUUGUGUAAGAACUGAGAUCCGGUUACGUGU